GUUUGUUUAUCUUUUGUUCAUCUCCCUUCCUCACCCAUCAAUGGCCCUAUCCUCCUGCAACGGUGCAUGCGCAACCCACGACGACUGUGCUGGUCAGCUCAUAUGCAUCAACCGUAAGUGCAACGACUACCCUGAUCUCAACGAUUUCAGCCAAGGCGGGGACGGCAGAGGUGCAGCCAAGUGUGACGAGCAAUACCAUCUAAACAUUCAUGAGCGGGCCGUGGCACUUUCCAUGGAUAGGAUUAACUGCAGCGAAGCUAUUAACUGCGGUGGCAUCGGAGGCAUCUCGUACCCCUUUUGGGGAGUAAACCGAGCUAAUUACUGUGGUCUGCCCGGGUUCGAGGUCCAAUGCCACAACAAUGUCCCCGUGAUCAACAUGUCGAAUAUCAACUAUAGAAUUCUUAAAACCAACUCCAGUAGGGUUCCUCCGUCUGUUACAGUUGCUAGGCAGGACUAUUGGAAAACUAUUUGUCCUCCUACUUUUGUUAAUACCAGCAUCAACUUCUCUCUGUUUAAUUACACUUCCUCUGGGGUUACAAACCUGACCUUUUACUACGGGUGCAAUACAAGUACAAGUAACACUACUUCUACUUCCCAAGUUUGCAGCAGUGGAAACAAAAUUUCAUAUGUGACACCACUCUUUCUGUCUAAUUAUAAUUCCUCUGCGUUAACAAAGGGGUCCGUUUCCCAGUGCAAUAGCACAACAACUAGUUCCCAAAUUUGCAUUAGAGCCAGCGCUAAUAUGACUGUUUCGUCUGUCACACCAAGUCCCCCAGCUGAUACAGUUGCUCCCGUCGCCUGUAAAAAUCAGGUCAUUGUUCCGGUUUCUAGAACAGCUGCUGUGGCUCUAAAGGCCAACCGAACAGCUAUCCAAGACGCAGUAGAUGGGGGCUUUGAAUUGGAAUUGAAAGUCGGUACUGAUAUAUGCAACACUUGCGUGGAAUCAGGAGGGAUGUGCGGCACUACUUCUGGUAGCUUCAAUUGCUUUUGCAAGGAUCGGGCCUAUGCAACCAGAUGUAAUACAACACCUAUUUCAAAUCAACCACCCAGACCAAAAGGUUCAAAGGCUAAAUAUGUAAUAGGCAUUUCGGCUGGUGUUUCGGGGAUCCUCACAAUCAUUGCUUGUAUUGUAUGCAUAUCAAGGAAAAGAAUAUUGGGUUUCUUCAAGAAAGAUAUAAUGGAUGAGUUUGAUGUUGAGGAAUUUAUAAGGAACUAUGAAUGCCUUGCUCCAAAACGGUAUAGUUAUGCAAAUGUCAAGAAAAUGACAGACAAUUUCAAAGAUAAAAUAGGUAAAGGUGGAUUUGGAACUGUGUACAAAGGCAGGCUGCCGGAUGGCCUUGUCGUGGCGGUGAAAGUCCUAAGCGAGACCAAGGGUAAUGCAGAAGACUUUAUUAAUGAAGUUGCUAGCAUUGGUAGAACCUCCCAUGUCAACAUUGUCACUCUUUCUGGAUUCUGUUAUGAGAGGAGGGACAAAAGAGCUUUGAUAUAUGAAUUCAUGCAUAAUGGAUCUCUAGAUAAUUUCAUACAUAAACAGGGAUCUGAAACAGCAAAUUGUCGCUUAGAAUGGAAAACACUAUCUGAAAUUGCUGUUGGCAUUGCUCGAGGACUAGAAUACUUACACCGUGGAUGUAACACGAGAAUUCUGCAUCUUGACAUCAAGCCACAGAAUAUUCUUUUGGACAAAAAUUUUUGCCCAAAAAUCGCUGAUUUCGGCCUUGCCAAACUAUGCAAAACGAAGGAGAGUAUUGUAUCCAUGAUGGGGACAAGAGGAACUGCAGGAUACAUUGCACCAGAAGUAUUUAGCCGGAACUUUGGAGGCGUGUCUCACAAAUCUGAUGUUUACAGCUACGGCAUGUUGGUUCUUGAAAUGGUUGGAGCAAGAAAGAAUUUGGAUUCGGGAGUGUCUCAUACCAGUGAAAUGUUUCCGCAUUACAUUUAUAAAGAUCUAGAGCUAGACAAUGAUGAGAAUGUUUUUGGGGCAAUCACAGAGGAGGAAAAAGAAAUAGCAAGAAAGAUGGUAUUAAUAAGUCUCUGGUGCAUUCAGACCAAUCCUUCUGAUCGGCCAUCAAUGAGCAAAGUAGUAGAGAUGUUGGAAGGACCCCUUCAUUCCUUGCAAAUUGCACCCAAGCCUUUCUUGUUUUCUCCUACAAUUCCUGCAGCGCAAGGCUCUAUGACCGCAUCCCAACAAUCUGAAAUAGAAGAUAUCUCUGGUAAUUAGGAAAUUCUAGCUGAAUUGUAAGAAAAUUACCUUUGUUAUCUUAAAUGAAACAGUUUUCACCAUCGUUCCGAAAACUGGCAAUGACUGCCAUCCAA